AUCUCUCGGGGCAACGCGAUGGAGACCGUGAGCGAGCCUGUGGCUGAGCGGCUCUUCUCCUUGGAGCUUCUGGUGGACUGGGUGCGCCUGGAAACGCGGCUUUUACCGCCGCCGCUACCGGAGGACCAAGAGGAGUCGGAGCCGCCCCCGUCCGGCUCCCUCCGCCUGGCCGUGGCCUUCCGCCUGCUGGACUUCCCCACACUGCUGGUGUAUCCUCCAAGAGGUCCCGCCGCCCCUUCCCGCGAGCGCCGGCCCGGUUCGUUCGCCUUCGGCCGUGGCAAGUCCUGCCUCUUCCGCUUGGAUGCGGCCACCCUGCAGCGCCUGCUGGGCCUCUCCCCGCUCUACGUGCUGCUCUUGACAGUGCCCCCCGGCAGCCCGACCCCGGCCCCGAAGCUCUUGGGCAGUUGUAGCAUCUCUCUGGCCCCCGCCUCCCGGGCGCUCAUCCGAGAGGGGAAGGGGCUCGCUGCCACGGGAGCCUCCCAGGGCCACCGAGGUCUUUAUGUCCUGAGAGACCUGAUGGGGCAGCAAGUCGGGCAAAUUUAUCUAGGCUACCGUUUGACCGAUUUGGGGAGCACCUUGCUGGGCCAUAUUCCCCCAAAGACACUCGGGGCCGUACAGAGGGAGGAGGAUCCAGCUGGGGCCAGGGUCAGUAGAGUGGAGGAAAUGAGGACUAAUGAAAGUAGUCCCCCAGCCCCACAGGGAAAACAGCCAUGUCCUCCACCACUCAUAAGCUUUGCUCAGGUGGAUCCAGAGGAUUUGGAAGAUUUGGAGGAACCAAAGCAUCAGGAAGAAGUAAUUGAGAUAGUUACCUACGAUAAGACUAAGCCAAAGCAGCAGGAAUAUGUGGUUAAGAUAGUUAAAACUCCCAGCAAAUGCAACCGGAGUGAUAUAGAUACAGAGUUGACAGACUCUUCCCAGUCAGAGACUAUGAUGUUAAAUGAGGUUGGAGAAAGCAUCAGUCCAAAAAAUCAGGAAGUCACAGAAUUAGAACUUGAAACAAACAUAAUUUGCCCUCCACCUCUUUAUUAUUCUCGUCUGGAGUCAAAAAAGGUACCACCAGCCGAGGGCAAAUUCAUAACUGUACCUCAAAUUAGUGUACCUAGGGAAUCCAAUGAUGUGGUUCAGGAAGAAAAGGCCCCUUGCCCCUUGGUAAUUAACCAUGAUGCCCCAUCAGACCAGAGUGAAACUGCAAUGGCCCAGUCUCAGCCCGAUGGAGGUAGACUUUUUGACCAAGAUAAACUUGACACAAUAAGGCAGUUACCUCUAUUAAAUGCUUUAUUGGUUGAGUUAUCUUUAUUGUAUAGCCAGCCCCUUGCAACAGCUACUGGUAUACAUCCUCACUUAGCCUGGUUAUACAGGCCGGAGGAUGGAAAGGCCCCAGAACCUUCUGACAAUGCCACUUGUAGCACUGAAGCAGUGGGAGACAAAUUUUUACCUAUGAAAAAAGAAGAGGUCUUAAGUCCUUCAUUAAUAAGGAACCAGGUUGCACACAACCUCAGAAAAGGUGUAUGUUUUGAUAAAAACAGAAGCACCCCAAAAAAAGUGGUUCCAAGAAGAAAGCUGUUUUAUGGCCUUACAAAUACUCUCAAACUCCGUUUAAAGCGGACAAACCCAAACAUGUUAAUACUGCAUGAAAAGAGAGAACAGUAUAGAAAAAUGCAAACAGAAAAGCCAGAUACAGAAAAGCUUAAAAUGUCAUCUAAGGGGAAAAGUUGCACAGAGGAGCAUGGGAAGCCAUACAAACUUCCCAGUCAUCUGUAUUCUGCUUCAGAUGUUCUUUUUGCUGAAAACAUUAAAACUUUAGAGAAAAAUGGGGUGGAGUCUGAAGGCCAAAGCUCUACAAAAGAAACUCAUGUUUCAGGAACUGGAACUGAGAAGGAGAUAAAUGUUGAAAUCAAAGCAAAUAAGGAGUCAUUUAUAGAAACUGCCACUUUGAUAAACUCCAUUUUACCAGGAAAAGUCACUCCUACAAAUGUUUCAGAAAGAUUUAAGAAGGAAGUAAAAGUCCAUCUUUUAGAUGUUGACACAGAGAAUACUAGCCUAGAGAAUAUUGUCAUAGAUUUUAGUAAUGGAGCAAAUGAAACUGUGGGUUGUGUUUUUCAUCCUAAUUCAAUUGAUAUUAAACCAAGUAAAAAUAGCCUUUCUGAGAGCGUACCAGAACUGAAGUAUUCUGAUGAUUUUACUAGUCCUUGCUAUUCCGAAGAUUUCGCUACUGCUGAUGAUACUUUUGGAAGUUCUAGAGUUCAUGAUAGUAGCCCUGAACUGGAAGCAGAUAACCUCAGUUAUUCUUAUUUAGAUACUGAUUGUAAGUCUAGUGAAUCUAGAAUGUCUAGAAAAAGUCAUAGAAGUGAAAUGAAUUCUGUUCUUACCCCACCUUUUUCAGCCGGCUCACCAGUACAUUCAUAUAAAAAAUCUCACCUCUCAAAGUCUCAGAGCAAAAGUCUGGUAGAUCAAAAUAGUAUCUCCAGCAAUGACCUCUCCUCACAUCGGAGUGAAGGGAAGAAAAAACAAAAUGACCAAAAUAACAUUCAUAAUUCUGAAAUUAGGAAUAGUCAAAGCGCCCUUGAUAAACUCAACUCAAGAACUGGCCAAAAAUCUUUAGAAAGCCAGUCACUAAGGACAUCUCAAGUGAGUUCUUAUUUGCCAUCUAAUAUGUCUGAACUAGAACUUAGUGCUUUGGAUAGCAUUGCUUCAGAUCAGCUUGAAGAAAAUGAUGAACUUGGCUCACUGGAUAUUUGCAAACAAUACAAAGACAUCUGUGAGUUAGUAAUAAAUAAGCUUCCUGGGUAUACAGUGUAAAAUUGGGGUUUUUUCAUAUUUUUUGAAAUCUAGUAUAUACCAUUAUUAAAACUUUGUAACAUUUAUGUUGUUUAUUUUUAUACAUAAAUUAUGUGAAUGCAUUCAUUAUGGAAAUGCAAAAUAAAAUUUUGCUCAUGUGCCAUGCUUUCGCUGUUCAAAAUCAGCAUUCCUGUAGAAGCAAUUUGGAAUAGGUUGUGACACCAUUGUAAGACUUGGGAAGUUUUCUGUUUUCUGUUUUGCUCUGAUAAAGGUAUAAGUGCUUUCAAAA